AUGCAGAUCCCUCCGGUGCAAGGAGUAUUUCAACCGAGGCCUGUGCGUGUUUCGCAACUACCCCACUACCAGCAGCGCCAUCACUUGAAGGGCAGCCUUGGCCAUCGUUUUCCGCGUGUUCAUUCGACACGCUUGCUGUGGAAUGCGUUUAAGGAAACGUUCUACGACUUUACGUCCGUUUCGAAAAUCCACGGAAGCCACUACCUCCAGAGGCACGUAACGCGUGGCCCGUCACGGGUACUGUGGGUCGGUAUCAUACUGUCGUUCUUCGUCUUCGGCGUUGCGCUGAUAGUUUUACUAUGGCAAAAGUUCCUCGACAACCCGACCAGGGUAACGAUUGCCUCCGAUAUGAAGCUCGUGGAAGUACCGUUCCCUGGCGUUACCCUGUGCCAUCCACAGAGUGUAGUCGAGUAUAAGGCGAAACGUUUCGUUGAACGCAUGUAA